AUGGAAGAACUUGGACAGAAUCUAUUGGAUGAUGGGCACAAGAUGAUGGACAUACCAAACUUAGAAAUGACAAAGCAGAACCUUGACUACCUGAACUCAGACCUUGAAAAGGACCUGCUGAGACUGGAUGAGGCAAAUCAGGUUCUUCUCAGACAAAUUCAGGAGAAAGAAGAAACUAUUCAAAGUCUGGAAAGAGAUAUCACCCUGUCAAUAGGACAAGCCAAGGAGARGGAGGAGUUAAACCAGAUCAUAUUUGAGAAGGAGGAUACUCUGAGGAACCUGGAACUAGAGUCAGCAAAGCUGGAAAAAACAAAUAAGAUCCUCAGCAACAAUGUGAAGGAGCUUCAGAACAAGAUUUCAAGAUUUAAGAAUGUUGAGUUUGAUAACAGUGCCCAAAACCAGAUUUUAGAAGAAUUGAAGGUGAGACUGCAGAAGUCAUCAGAGUCCUGUGCAGAGCAGGAGAAAGAAAUGAUUAAGCUAGAGAGUGACUACCAAUCUGUGUAUCAGCUCUGCAAGGACCAGGCCCACUACAUAAAGAAAUACCAGGAAAUUCUGAGGAAGAUGGAAAAGGAAGAAGAAAUGCUGUUGCUUGAAAAGGAAAUAUCCAAAGCCCAGAAAAACUCUUCCCAAAUAGUGAAGCCUGGGUCAAUUCUAGUAGAGACCAUCCAAAGAAACAUGGAGAAAGCCAUCAAAAAGAAACACAAGAGGAUCUUUUGGUACAGGCAUUUCCGUGGUUUUGUCUUCAUGGUCAUGAUCUUCAUUAGGCUGCUGGGUUAUGUGUUUUUCCACCUGCAGUACAUAAACCCAGACCUUCUUGUGGAUGCCCUGCCCCUGAUGAUGAGUAGGAGCAGUUUGAAGAGGCUAAGGGAUAUCUUAUUUCCCUUCCUCACUCUAGAAGUGGAUGAAGUUCUACCGCACUAA